CUGCCCACGUGCUGUUUUACUGGGCAUUUUUUACGAAUUUCUCUAAUUUUACAGUCUGAUUUGGCAGCAACAAAACCGGGUACGCUGAUUGCCGGUUGCCUUGGCUCGUUGGUAUUUGUCUUUCUUCUCACGGCUCUGUCCAAUUUUCAAAUGGCUGCCGAUGGUGAAAGUGUAAAAGCGGGCCUUGCCGAAGCAAUUGUUUGCCUACUUGUUGCACUCAUUGUUUCAGCAUCCAUCCAUCGAGUGGCUAUUUCGGUAUGUGCUACAGUUUUUAUUAUAAUAAAACAAUAA